UCUAUAACAUUGUAUCCUCGACUAGGCUAUUGAGAUGCAGCGCCCUCCAUAUUUAUUGGCACCUGUGGAAAAUAUAGUAAAAAGAGUUUUUAAAAAAUCAUCUUUUCAGUUGUAUCUUAGUUUUGGAAAAAUCCAAUACAAGAAAUAAGGUUAAAACAGGGAAACACAUUUAUUCUGAGAAGAUAUUAUUUAGUUUUGAUAUACAGUAUAAUCUAAUUAGGCUAGUGUGUUAUAUAUGCUUUUGCAGGCAAUGUGUUUACUUUUGUUCUGAGAAAUGCACUCACUGUUUUAAAAACAAAAAGAGGGAUUUUAGAUUGAGGAAAACUGUAAGAUUGAAGAUUAAAGAUUGAGUGAUAGUGAAGAGUGGGCGAGUGAUAAAGAUGGAGGGAGAACAGUGACAAUUUGAAAGCUCUAGAAAAUUGUUAGAAAAUUGUACUUCUGUUGUUGUAACAGAUAGGCCUAUGCUAAUGGUAGCUAGACUAGGCUGCAACUGAAGUUUUGCCACCUUGGGUGAUGUCAAAAUCUGGUCUGGACCACACCAUACUUUUUGAUCAGUUUUUAGCCAUUGAGUAACCAGGCUUAUUUGCUGUCUGUCAAAGGAGUGAAAUCGGACACCUUAGCCUAUUCUAUCUAAUCUCCACCCCUAACGAAACGCCGUCAAAUUCCUUAAGUCUUCACACUGUCUUUGUUAGGAAGUGUUACAUUUGCAAUAGCCUAAAUUAUAGGCUACUCGUUGUGUUGUUCUAGUUUAAUCUUGACCAAGUAUUUUCUUUAAAAAAAAAAGUUAAAGAAUCGUGCCACGUAGACUAGGUCUACUCAGCUGAAGAACUUGGUUAGUUGAAAACUUGAAGACUGAAACGCCGAGGUUUGAGAAUAGGGAACGGAGUUGGCAUUGUGUAGGCUAGCGGAGACCAGGAAACAAUCCCAAGAAAUAAAAAAAUAAAAAAAAACUUUGAAAACCGAUGUAACCUAACGGAAAUAAUGAGAAAGACAAAUAUCUUACAUAUAGACCUUCCCGUGAAGCAAGGUGGAAAAUCCGAAUCAUAAGGGAUCACUGGCGACUAACGAAACGUUCUAAACCUUCCGACACCUUUGGAAGAUCAAUGGAGGGAACGAAGGAGCAAGAGAGAGAGAGAGGAGAAGAAAAAGAAAGUGAUGAGACAGAGGAAGACACAGAGGGUGCAGCACCAGUGUGGGAGAAGGACUACACGGAGGAUGAUCUUGGUUUGCCCAUCAUGCAUUGGGAGGCCUUGAGCCUACGGAUUGCAGAGCUUGAGAAACAGGAGGAAGAAAGGAGAGAAAAGGAGGGUAUUGCAAAACUUCCAGACUGGACAAAGGGACAAGAUCUCGGAAUCCACCGGGACACCUGGGAAGACGGAGAGGACCUCAAUAGCCGCGUGACGGCUCUAACAUCACGGGGCCAUAUGAAUCUGCAGCUGUGCUUCAUCAAUGAUAGUGAAAGUGAGGAGGAAGAAGAGGAACAAACGACCAAGCGAGCAGGAAAGAGGACUGCACAGCCAGCUUCAUCAAAUGCCUCUAUAAAUAAGAGCAAACCAACCGGUUUCAAGAUGGAAGUCCGAGCUGCUCUGAAUGCCCUCAGAGAUAAACUGUGGACCGAACAGAAACGGGAGAGUUCUUCACAUAAGAUUCUGAAGAAGCCGCUUGACCGUAGUGAGCUACAAAAGCUCAGCCUAAGGGAGCUCAUGGCAUUACGGACCUCUCUCAGCAAAGACAUUCAAGACCUCAGCUCAGAGCUUGUUGGUCGCCUUCUUACACGGGACCAGCUGAGGACGGAACAGGACGCCAUGCUUCUGGAAGUGCAAGACAUGACAGCACUCUGAUGCUGUCAGUGCCCGACUGCUGCUAGGGCAAACAAAACAAAAAAAUUACUGUGAAAAACUUAAUCAGUUUUAAAGACUUGUGAUUGCACAGUAUUUUCAAACAUAUCUUUAUAAGGGAACUGUUUCAGAAUGUCAGCUGCAUGAUGUUGCUGGGCACAUGCCCCCAUAUUAAUCCAAAUCUAUAUAAUUUUUCUGGAAGAUUUACAAGAAACAACAUGCUUGGAAAAUUACCUCAUUGCCUGGUUAUACUGGCCACCUUCGAUUCCCUUGGAAUGUAUUGCAUUUGAGUUGCAGAAUUGUCCAAGAAUGAUAAAAGACACGGAGGAAAUCUGACUUCAAAGACUUCAAACAUGCUCGUCACAUUUGGGUCCUCCCUGUGAUCCUGCGUUUAAAAAAAAAAAAAUCAAACCAAGACUGAAAUCCUAUAAAGUGAAUGGAUUAACAAUAUUAUUCUUUUCUACUACUUGAGCAUAGGUGUACAACAUAAGGGAAUAACAUUGUCUUUUUUAUAUUAUUGUUAUUGUAUAUUUCAUGUGUUGUUAUCGUCGUAAUAUUGUCAAUAUGGUUUUACCUUUUUGUAUUAUCUGCCAAUUUUAAAAACAAAUAGUUUUUAAUGACUCUGUUUCUGAUGUAUAGAUGUGUCAUAAUCUGGUGGGUCUUUUAUGACCAGUGGAGUGUGGUUACCACAGUCAAUAAUUUUUUGGUUUUGUAAAAUUAUGCUGGCUGCAGCAGAAAUGCAACAAAGGACAUGGUAAUUUAUCUUGAUCUCACAAUGAAAACAGUGAGGACACAUCCUACCUUGAAGGGAAGCAUAUUUAUCUCCUUUGUCCUUGUUUCCUUUGACAUCCCAUAGAGCUGAAGAAUACAAAGCAAAGGGUUUGAGACCAUUCCUCUCUACAAAAUCUCUCCAGAUCAUCCAGAUUCCGUCCUCUCUUGUGCCUUCUCUGUGGCUCUGUUUUCUAGUCUUGGAAGAGACUGACAGAAUUGUAUUGAAAAUGUUCAGGUUUUUAUUGGAGUUCAAGAUACCAUGCACAGUAAUGAGGUUCCCAGGGCCUUUUGGAUAAAAAACAGCCCUACAGUAUCAUAGACUGUCCACCAUAUGUAUCAUGGGGCUUGGGGUUCUUUUCAGUAUGGACAUUCUUCUAUACGGCAAACCCACCUUGAGAGCUCAAUUUUCAUUUCACCUGACAAUAGAAUCUUAUUCUAGACAAAGUUCAUUGUGUAGCAUUCAGUAACUCUAGCCAUUAACAUUUGUGAUUAAAUAACAGGAAAGACUUUUUCCUGGCAUGCCUUCUAAAUAAUCUAUUAGCACAGAGGUCACUUUUGAAGUUUUUUGGAGGCUUGGUGUCCCCAAGGUGCUAUUUUUGGUCCUUAUGGAAUUGUGUGCCUCUCUUGCCAUCCUCCUUUGAGUUGAUUGGAACAUAUUUUUUUUUAUGUCUUGACAUAUUUAUAUGUCUGGCAAAGGUCAACACACUUUCCUUAUAUUUGAAAUGAGUGUAUUCUCUUAUCUUUCCCAUGUUGAAAAAUGACUAAAAUGACAUUUGGCCUCUGUGUCACUUUGUCACAACUUUAUUUUAUACCUCAGUGAAACAGGAGGUCAUUGAUUACUGAAAGAGGAAAGACAUAAAUGGAACAGCAUUGACAUUUUGUUAAAAAGAUUUUUUAGGGGGUGCCAAUAAUUGUGUAAUUGUUUACACAAUUGUCUCAGUCUAUAUGCCUUUUGUUCCCCCUUUCAACAAUAUAUUGUUUGAAUGCAAACAGUUUUAUUUGACUUGUAAUAUUAGGUGCAGUUUUUGUAACAUUCUUAAGUUCUAUUCAUAUAGAUGUCUUUGAGGAGCUUGCAAGCUUCUGUGUGUCUUGUCACAGCCAACAAGUGUCUUUGCUAUGGCUUACAUGAUGAGAUGUGGGCCAAUACUAUUUUGGGGCAACACAACAGCUUAUGUGGGUAUAUAGAUGGUCAAACAGGUUAUGACUGAAUUUAUAUGUUAUUGUCAAUAAUUUGUACAGCCUUGUUUUGUAUUCACUGAAUAAAUAAGAUGUUUUAACAAAC